AUGGUUUCAGUGACAUUUAGGUUUCAUGUUAGAGGCUGCGAUGUGCUUAUUUUAGAUACUGGAUUGGGAAGUGCAGAGAAUCAAGCAAGGGUCAAGGAGUUGCUUCAUGUGGAGGAAUCAAAACUAGAGGAGGAUGAGGGAAAUACCACUCCAGCAGUGAGAUGGGUUCGAGAUGAUAAAUACGAUUGCAUCCGAUUAAAGCAUUGCAAGGUUGUGACAAAAAUUGAUUGGCAUCGGAAAGGAGACUAUUUCACUACUGUCGUUCCUAGUGAUAUCCUAAUUAUGAAUUUUAGUUGUACUUAUUUUUAGUCAUUCCUAGUGCCUAUUUUAUAUCUCAGUUUUGUUUCUUUCUUUUUUCUAAUACACACUGACAAAUUGGAAAUAUAUAAAAAUCAUGACAUUAUACCUAGUUACCUAGCCUUUGAGGCUGGAAUCAGGAUGAAACCUAAAGUGCCCUGAAAAGUUUAGGCAUACCAAAUUCUCUCAGUUUAAUGACAGAGGUCAGUUGUGUUGCAAACUUUGUUGUUUUCCUUGUUUUUCAUUUACCGCGUCUAGAUUAAGAAA